AAUUUGUCAUUCUAAAAAAUAGUUGAAAAGAUGGUGUGAAAAAAGAUGCUUCAUCUCCGCAGAAUGCCAGUAGCCAUUGUCAAACAUUUGCUAGGGAACGAGUCAGAUUUAGGUACUACAAACCCUAUUACCUGAGCUUCCUCAAGCAGCUCUACCGUCAGACCCGUCUUUUGUAGAGAGUGAAAGGGUGAGAAAAUGAGCAAUGCAAGUAGCUUGGUUGCAGAGGCAGUGUGGAAGGCGAUUGAGUCAACUCGUUCAGUCACCAACGAUCAGCUCUCCGUCCUGCAUUUCUUGUUUGGUAAGAACUGGGAGAAAGCAACGAGGAUAGUGGAUCAGAGUGGUAUCAAGAGGGUUUUGGGUGAGCCCAGUGGACGUUCCAUCUUUCAGGUCGUCGGAGAAUCGCGGAGGAAGGAGGAGUGCUUCUGCUUUGCCGAGCAGUAUUGUGCUUGUUAUUCAUUCUUCUACGACAUCAUAAACAAAGGAGAGCAGCUUUGUGUGAGUGAGCCUCCUCUCUUGCUCAUCCAAUUUUUCAAUUGAUUCGAGCGUUAUUCUAAUCAAUCUAAUCUAAACGACGUGGAGGGAUAUUCAAACUUCCUUAUCCAUUUUUAAGUUCCUUGAAAUCAAAAACGAAAAAAGUAGGAAAGUGUUGUAAUUUUUACCAUGUUUCUUGUUGUCCGGUGUAAGCAUCAGUUAGCUGCAAGGCUUGCUGCAUCAUUGGGAGCAUGCAUUGAAGUUAAGGUCUCUGAUGAGCAGCUGGCUCUACACCUUUCCAAACCCUGAAAUGUUUGUACAUGUUUUGCAUGGCUACUUGUUUAACAACGCAAGCAUGUAUAUCUUCCGGUUUUAUUUUUUAUUGAACAUUUAUUACAACAACGAUUUUGUAACAAGAACAUCAA